AUGUUUACAUUUCAAAUCGUCAUCUCUUACAAAUCCAAAUCUGAUGAAUACCUUUAUACGAUCUGCCACAAACUAAAUUUCUUCUCCUUCAUCUUCGAUAUCGCUCACGGGCGCCACUCUUUUGAUACAUGGUUCUCCCCAAACAACCUAUCAGUUCCGCCAUGUCAUUACGCCCCUCUCAGACGCCGGCUACCACGUCGUAGUACCAGAUUACCGCGGCGAUGGAAAGUCAUCGAAGCUUUUGACCGGGUACGAGAAGAGUCAAAUGGCCCAAGACCUCCAUAUCCUGAUCUAGACCCCCCUGGAAACAAGGAGAAAACCCACGUCGUCAGCCAAGACAUUGGCAGUAUGGUCGCAUUCGCAUUCGCAUGGCGCUACUCUGAUUAUGCCGCUAGCGUCAUCUGGGGUGAAUGUUCGCUACCGGGAACAUCGUGCUAUGAGCAAACCUUGGAAUCAAAGGCACGCCAGAUGUCUUCCAUUCCCUGUUCCAUCAAGUCCCGGAUCUACCCGAAGCAUUGA